CUAUAAAUACCAACCCUUCCUAGCUAGCUUCCAUCAUUCCUCAGAACUCGCUUGCUCACUCACUCACUCACUCACUCAUUGCUAGCUUCUUCAUUCUUUGUACCGAUUACCUUCUCAUCUUCUUUGAUAGAAAAAUGCAUUACCAGACAGAGGCUUGGGGCUCUUAUAUGCCCACAAGGAGCACCACCAUGGGUGACCCGCUCGAGCGCAUAGAGAGGAUGGCGUCGGAGAACGCCGUGGUGAUCUUCAGCAUGAGCACGUGCUGCAUGUGCCAUGCCAUAAAGCGGCUCUUCUGUGGGAUGGGCGUCAACCCAACUGUGUACGAGCUGGACGAGGACCCCAGAGGCAAAGACAUGGAGAAGGCUCUAAUGAGGCUCUUGGGAAGCUCCUCCGCAGUUCCGGUCGUCUUCAUCGGCGGGAAGCUAGUUGGGGCAAUGGACAGAGUCAUGGCCUCUCAUAUCAAUGGCACUCUGGUGCCUCUUCUCAAAGAGGCUGGUGCUCUCUGGCUCUGAUCUCUCAUCUCUUCUCUUUCUUUCAAUAUUUCCAGAAAAAAAAAAGGAAGGA